CAGAUUGCACCUCGAACGACGCAUGCGCAUUCGUCACUUUACGGCACUUAGAAAAUUGCGACCGCUCGGCCAGCUUCAUGAAAUCUGGAACAAACGUUGGUAAUACGUAGGCAAAAUGAGUGUCGAAAACCCAGCCAGUGAUAAUGAUUAUGAUCCUGGAAAGGUAAAUGGCAAUAAAAGUGAACACGUGAACGGUAUUCAAAACGGCUAUAGCAGCUCCGAGAAGCACAAAUCCAGUCACAAGUCAUCCAGUAAGGAUAAACAUCGGGAUAAAGACCGCGACCACAAAAGUUCAAAACACAGUUCUAGCAGAGAUAAGGAUAAGGACAGACAUUCAAGUAGUAAAACUCAUCACAGCAGUUCCCACAAGUCCUCAAGCAAAGACAAGGAACGCAGCGACAAAGAAAGGAGUAAGGAGUCCAGUAAAGAUAAGGAGCGGAGUGACAAAGAUAAGGAACGUAGUGAAAAAGACAAGGAGCGUGGUGACAGAGACAAGCAUCGCAAUGACAAAGAUAAACACAGGGACAAAGACAAGAGUGACCGUGAUAAAGACAAGCACAGAAGUAGCAAUGGUGAGAAGAAAUCAUCUUCUAAAGAUAAGGAGAAGGACAGAGAGCACAAGAGUUCAUCCUCAAAAGAACACAAAUCUAAAGACAGGGAUAAGGAGCGAGAGAAAGACCGUAAAGACAAGGGUGAUAAAGAUAAACAUAGGAGUGAUAAAGAUAAACACUCAAGUUCUAAAGACAAACACAGUUCCAGUAAAAAUAAAGACAAGAGUAGUGAGAAACAUGAGAAGGUCAAAUCAGACAAUUCUCAGGACUCCCCUGUUAAAGACCCCUUGCAGAUAGAUGAAGUGAAGAAUGAAAUCAAGGAAGAGCCUGUAGAUGAAUAUGGAUAUGGCCUCAACACCACUGUGUCAUCUUGUGACUACAGCUUGUCACAGUUUAAGGAUGAGCCCCUGUCGGAACUUCCACAAGACGAGGACAGUGAAGAGGACACACCAUUACUUGAACGCAUGGCUGCUAAAAAGCGGGCGGCAAGCGAAAGUGAAGAAGAUAUCCCUCUACUUCAGCGUAAAAAGUCUAAGAAGAAAGUGAAGAAAGAACCAGUUUAUGAUGAUGACGAAGAUGAAGAAGAAAUUAAACCGAAAAAGAAGAAAAUCAAACCAGAGAAAAGAAAAUCGGGCCCUAUAAAACAAGAGUCUAAUGAAUCUAUCAGCCCAACCAAGAAGAAGAAAAAGCAAGAAGAGGAGCAAGAGGUCUGGAAAUGGUGGGAAGAAGAAAAGAAAGAUGACGGAACAAAAUGGAAAUUUCUUGAACACAAAGGACCCUUGUUUGCUCCUCCUUAUGAACCUUUGCCUUCUAAUGUUAAAUUCCGGUACGACGGUAAAGAGGUGAGGUUGUCCCAAGAUGCAGAGGAAGUGGCUGGAUUCUAUGCACGUAUGUUGGAUCACGAUUAUACUACUAAAGAUACAUUCAACAACAAUUUCUUUGCUGAUUGGCGUAAAGUCAUGACAAAAGAGGAAACUAAGCUUAUUACGAAUCUCUCAAAAUGUGACUUUAAAGAAAUGCAAGCCUAUUUCCAAAGUGAAUCAGAAAAGAAUAAAAAUCGUAGCAAAGAGGAAAAAGCUGCUCUCAAAGCCAAAAAUGAAGAAAUACAAAAAGAAUAUGGCUUCUGUACAAUUGAUGGUCAUAAAGAAAAAAUUGGCAAUUUUAGAAUAGAACCUCCUGGCUUAUUCAGAGGUAGAGGUGAACAUCCGAAAAUGGGUAUGUUGAAGAAGCGUGUCAUGCCUGAGGAUGUGUUAAUCAACUGUUCUAAGGAUAGUAAGGUACCUAAACCACCUGCAGGACACAAAUGGAAAGAAGUGCGACAUGAUAAUACUGUCACAUGGUUGGCAUCUUGGACUGAAAAUGUACAAGGACAAUCAAAGUAUGUCAUGCUUAAUCCUAGUUCAAAAUUGAAGGGUGAAAAAGAUUGGCAAAAAUAUGAGACUGCAAGAAAACUUCACAAGUGCAUUGAUAAAAUCAGAGACACAUAUCGUAACGACUGGAAAGCUAAAGAAAUGCGAGUACGGCAGCGUGCUGUGGCACUUUAUUUUAUUGAUCGACUAGCUUUAAGAGCUGGCAACGAAAAAGAUGAUGACCAAGCUGACACAGUUGGUUGCUGCUCUCUGAGAGUGGAACAUAUAGAGCUUCAUAAAGAAAAAGAUGGCCAAGAUUUUGUAGUGGUAUUUGACUUCCUCGGUAAAGAUUCUAUCAGAUACUACAAUGAAGUAGCAGUGGAAAAGAGAGUGUUUAAGAAUCUCGAACUGUUCAUGGAAAACAAAAAAGAUAGUGAUGAUCUCUUUGAUAGACUUAAUACACAAACCUUAAACGAGCAUUUGAAAGAAUUAAUGCCAGGUCUUACGGCAAAAGUGUUCCGUACCUACAAUGCUUCUAUUACAUUACAAAGGCAAUUAGAUGAGCUAACAGAUGCAAAAGUCUCAAUUCCUGAAAAGAUUUUAGCCUACAAUAGAGCAAAUAGAGCAGUAGCUGUGCUGUGUAACCAUCAGCGUGCAGUGCCUAAAGGUCAUUCAAAAUCAAUGGAAGCUCUCAAAGAAAAAAUACAAGCUAAACGUGACCAGGUUGAUGAGGCUGAACAUGAUCUAAGAGAUGCCACUAAAGCCGCAAAACGUGGCUCUGCAAAGGAAAAGAUUAUAUGUGAUAAGAAGAAGAAAGCUUUAGAGCGUCUGAAAGAACAACUGAAAAAAUUAGAACUACAGGAAACAGACCGUGAUGAAAACAAAACUAUUGCACUUGGAACUUCAAAAUUGAAUUAUCUUGAUCCUCGUAUAUCUGUUGCAUGGUGCAAGAAGCAUGGCGUGCCUAUCGAAAAGAUUUACAACAAAACUCAACGCGAUAAGUUCCGCUGGGCGAUCGACAUGGCCGGGCCUGAAUACGUGUUCUAAACGCAAUCUGAUUAGCAUUAGCUAUAAUUUUAUAUGCAUAGUUAUUUGAAUAAUUAUGAAAACGUUCCAAUUAUACAUACUUUGUUUAUAUACACUGUGAAUGUUUUAUGAAUUUUUGACAUGUAAAGUCGAGGGUGUUGCUUUGUAGUAUUGUUAUAUUUUUGGACCCUAAACAAAUUGAUGUAUUGUUCCUUUGUUUGAUUAGGUUCUAAAUUAGAAGUCUGAUUCUAAUUUAUUUAGAAAAUUGUUUUCAAGUUUGCUUAGAAUGUUAGGCUAAGCUAUAGAUUAAAUGAAUAGUAGUAAUAUUGUUUAUAUAGAUUUUGUUCAAAAUUUUCCACCAAGCCUUGACAUUAUUAAAAUGUUGCCAGAAACUGUAGAUGAAAUCCAGAUGCAUUGCAUUAUAUGACAACAUAAUAGGUACAUAUUUUAAAUAUUGUGAUUUUUUUAUUUCGUUAUUUUGUAUAUAAAAUCUGCAAGUUCGCGAGACGACGCUGGAACCAGAGUGAUCUACGUCACGUCGCGAAAUUAGUACACUUUAAUUCAGUAUCGCUUGAAAUGUGAUCUUCGCAAUUUUGUAACAACUUAUUGGUAAAAUUAAAAUGUCACUUGGAUUGCUCUGGUAACAGGGUUAUUUAUACUGCAUCUACUUAAGUUAUACAUCUCUUCUACAAAUUAGCAAUACUUUAAAUGUUAUAAUGUCCUGUGCUUAGUUAGAAAGAUAACAUUCGGAAAAAUCAAAGUGAGUUAGUAGCGUGUAACUAGAUAUGAUGUAAAUUAUUUUGGUGUGUAUGUGCACAAUGCUGUAAAGUAAGAAAUAAUGUUAUUUUAUUUUUAUAAUUAAGAUCAAAAAUUGUGGCAAAACAAAGCCGUCAAUGUUAAGAAGGUACAAUGUUAAAAGGUAAAUUACAAAUAUGUACUUGUAAAUAGUAAAUUUUUACCAUGUCAUACAAUUGUGAAAUGAGAUUAUCCAAAUAAAUAAAACAUUGACACUAGGA